UGUGCACAAGGCAGCUACUGACUAAAGCAGCAAGAAGAGAAGCACCUCCCUCUCAGCAUAUUUUGAUUCGAGAAAGAGGAGCGAAGAAAUAAAUACAGUUGAGGGCUGCUACUGUGCUGCUUGACUGAUUGUUGUUAGACAGUCCAACUUUGACUCGUUCUUCACAACUGCUGACUAAAAGCAACAACAACUGCAGAAAGAUGAAUUUCGGAGGAGGAAACCAGUGUGGACGUUGUAAGGACACAGUUUACUUUGCAGAGGAGAUACUGUGUCACGGUCAGAGAUUCCACAAGUCCUGCUUCCUGUGCAUGGUGUGUGCAAAGCGCUUAGACAGCACCAUUGUUGCUGUUCAUCAGGAAGAAAUCUACUGCAAGGCAUGUUACCGCAAGAAGUACGGACCAAAGGGAUACGGUUAUGGCGUUGGAGCAGGAACCCUCAACAUGGACAAGGGGGAGGGUCAGGGUAUCACCCAUGAAAAACCUAGUCCUCAUCGUCCAACCACCAACCCGAAUCCGUCAAAGAUGGCUCAGAAAUUUGGAGGUUCUGAGAAGUGCCCUCGCUGUGGCAAGGCUGUCUACGCAGCUGAGAAAGUGAUAGGGGCUGGCAGUUCGUGGCACAAGACUGGUUGUUUCCGCUGUGCCUCGUGUGGGAAGGGCCUUGAGUCAACCACACUUGCUGACAAGGACGGAGAAAUCUACUGCAAAGGGUGCUACGCCAAGAACUUUGGUCCAAAAGGAUACGGCUAUGGAUCUGGGGCAGGAGUCCUGUCACUCACUCAGUAGACAGCCACGACUGAAUAUAUAAUUUGAAUAAUGUUUGAAUCUAAUCAAUGCUCAACGCUAAAAGUAUAUAAUACAAGUGUAUCAGGUACCCCUUUUUUUAAAAUAAAAA